CAAAACCCUAGAUAACUCUGGAUACCGAUCCUAGCAAUUUCGGAUCGAAGUUGGUGAUCGGCAUUACCGGUAAACGGUUUGAUUGAAGUUAAUAGAACUGGGAUUUUGGGGGUUUUUAUUUUGCUUGUGAUCGAUUUUAGAGAAAGAGAUGUAUAAAAACCAGCUACAAGAGCUGGCACAGAGGAGCUGCUUUAAUUUGCCGUCCUAUACGUGCAUAAGAGAAGGUCCAGAUCACGCGCCGCGGUUUAAGGCGACUGUUAACUUUAACGGCGAGACGUAUGACUGCCCUAACUACUGCAUGACGCUGAGACAGGCGGAGCACUCCGCCGCUGAGGUGGCUCUCAAUGCACUUGCUACCGGUGGUGCCUCUAAUUCUUUGGCUGCCAGAAUACUGGAUGAGACAGGGGUGUACAAGAACCUUUUGCAAGAGGUUUCUCAAAGAGUAGGAGCAUCACUACCAACUUACACCACCUUCAGAUCUGGCCUUGGCCAUUUGCCUGUCUUCACCUGCACCGUAGAGUUGGCUGGUUGCAUAUUUACAGGCGAACAAGCAAAGAAUAAGAAGCAAGCCGAAAAGAAUGCAGCCAUGUCAGCUUGGUUUUCUCUGAAACUUAUGACCCACCACUCAGAAAGUCCGUAUGUGCAAAAGGGGAACAUCGAGGAGCAAGAGCACGUGACAGUCGCUCGUGCUUUACAGAAAUUCAGAUUAAAGGCAAGGAUGUCUAACGUACCAUUUCCAAUCCGAUUUCCAGCACCGAAACCAAAAGUAGUUUCUUCACAAUCACCUCCAUCCACAACUUCAAAAAUCCUUCCUUUAAUAUGCCCCAAAACGACUCCUCGAAGUAGGCCUCAUCUAACCACAUUAAAUGAUGCCCAAACUUGCACAGAAACACCUCAAUACAAUAAAUACAUGCCCUCAUUUAUAAGCACCUCAACAAAUGAGCCCCCUGAACACCCUACCGCAUGCCGAACCCACAAGUUCCCUGCAGUUGAAGCAGCACCCUAUGUUCCUGUGCGGCACUUGGGGGUGCAUUGUGGAAUGGCUCCACCUGUGACUAUACGUAACGCCAUUCCUGUUUUCUCUGCUCCACCACGUCCUCCUCCAAAUAUGGGUAUAGCGCAGCCAAAUCAGGUCCCUCCACAGUUUAGGAUGCCAACCUUGCGUACUGCACCACCUCCGGUCACUAUCCGGCAAGCUGUGCCCGUUUUCGUUUUCUCUGCUUCUAAAGCUUCCAUCAAGCCAGUGACCACCGCUAUGCCGCCAAUGGAAGAGAAGGUAAAUGUGGUGAAUCCUGAAGAUCCUCUGAAUGCAGUCACUACUACUAAAGCACCAUCACUAGAAGAGGAGACGGUAAUUUCCACCAGCCCAGCAGACAGUUUGCAGAUGGUAACGAAUGAUGAGAACAAAUUGCAAGAGAAGUUGAUUGAGCUAGAAAUUUGAUAUCUUAGGUAGGAUUUUGUACUGGAUUUGAUUCUUCUAUAUAAGCUCUUGUUUUUUCUGCAACUUAAAAAUGUAGGCUUCCAUGUUCUUGUUUAAAAGAGACAUGCCCAUUCGGCCUUAAUUGUUGGACCUAUGUUGGUUUUGUCUGUUCAAGGGUUGCCGGAAGUUUGAUCAGGCGCUUAGGUCUAGGCGGCAUCUGCGAGCAAAAUUGUAGAAUUUUUAUUUGUACUAUGAUGUAAAAGGUUUAAUGA